UGAGCAGGACACAGAGAAGCAGCAAUGGUGGAUUGUGUUUUUCUCCAUAGUAAUGUAACUGCAGAGAGCUUUGAUAGCGAGAUGAGCUCCGCGGGGAUGUUCCAGACGCAGAUCUCCGCGAUCAUGAAGGCGGCCGCGGUGGAGAUCAGUCAGUUGCUGGAGGAAGAGGCUGCAGCUCUUCAUCAGGAGAUCCGGAGGAGGAACCAGGAGAUCCAGGGACUGAAGACUAAACUACUGAGAGUCACUGCAGAGAGAUGCUCUGUCGGCGUACAGGUGGAGCUCAUGGACACGAGUGUAACGGCUCAUUCGCGGGAAGCUCAGACUGAUCCUCGCAGCCAGGAAAAGGUUGUUGUGAAGAAUCUCUCAGAGGAGAGAGCUCACUUUUCACAUGCGGCGGAUUUGAAUUCACAGCUUUUGAAACAAGAAGAGUCUAUAUCGCCGCUGAAGGAACCGGAGGAAGAGAAGCUCAGUGGACUGGCGUUUGAGAUGAAGAUCGAACAGGUGGAAGAACUUGUGGAUCAGACACUGAGUCGAGUAGAGGCAAAGCAGAAGUGUAAAGGACAAAACCACUGCCAUGAUGGAAACACUUGUUUAUGGUGUUCCGGGAAAGUGUUUGACCAUCUGGAAAGUGGUAUGGAGUCAGAACAACAUUCCCAGAAUUUUACAGAUCCAUAUGGGAUGGAGGAUUCGAUUACUGCGUCGACUCAGUCUGGUUUAUUUGCUGUUCUGCAGAACGAGAGCUUUGGUGUUGCAGACAUUGAAUACGACUUGAAUCUUCAGGAUUCCCAUAGAAGCUCACCCAGCACGAGCGAGUCUGACUCGACGCCGUUCAACACACUCCCAUCCUCACAUUCAAGCUCGUGUUUGCCCAAAACGCUCCCAAAGAGUCUGAAUGCCGGCAAGCACACAGGACCCAAACCCUUCCGAUGUGAGGAGUGUGGGAAAGGCUUCCCACAGAGGGGGCGGCUAUUAACACACAAACUAGUGCACACGAACGAAAAACCCUUCCGAUGUGAAGAGUGCGGGAAAGGCUUCACACAGAGGAAGCGGCUUUUAACACACAGACUAGUGCACACGGGUGAGAAACCCUUCCGAUGUGAGGAGUGCGGGAAAGGCUUCACACAGAGGAAGCGGCUUUUAACACACAAACUAGUGCACACGGGUGAGAAACCCUUCCGCUGUCAGCUGUGCGGUAAAACCUUCUCCAGACAGGACAGCUGUCUCAGACACAUGCGCUUGCACAGCGGACAGAGAUGAUGAACAGGGACACGACCACACAAAGUGAGAUUUCUUAGAAUUGUAACUGUUGAUAUUAGCUUCUGUUGCAUAUCGUCAUUAAGGCCUUGUGGCGAUCAGGACGAGGCCGAGGGCCGGGAGAGAAUGGUUCGAGGCCAGUGGCGU